UGCAACGUCAUUACGAUGUUUCUGGAGUAACGUUAGAGGAAGUUAAUCCAGUAAUUUCUCUUUAACGGAAAACAAAAGUUUGUAGAUUCAAGUCACUGAACUCAGCUCUAAUCUUUAAAAUAUACCUUUAGAAAUUUUUAAGUGGCGGUUUGGAAGCGUUUGAGCAGCAUGAUGGCGGAUGAUGACCAGCCCAAGACGUUGUACGUCGGAAACCUGUCCAGGGAUGUGACAGAGGCUCUCAUCAUGCAGGUGUUCACCCAGAUUGGACCCUGUAAGAGCUGCAAAAUGAUCAUCGAUACGGCAGGAAAUGACCCAUACUGCUUCGUGGAGUUCUUUGAGCACAUGCACGCUGCCGCUGCCCUGGCCGCCAUGAACGGACGGAAAAUAUUAGGAAAGGACAUGAAGGUGAACUGGGCCUCCAUGCCGAGCAGCCAGAAGAAAGACACAAGCAAUCACUUCCAUGUCUUUGUCGGCGACCUGAGUCCAGAAAUCUCCACAGAGGACGUCAGAGCCGCUUUUGCACCAUUUGGAAAAAUAUCUGAUGCUCGUGUGGUGAAAGAUUUGGCCACUGGGAAAUCCAAAGGCUAUGGGUUUAUCUCCUUCAUUAACAAAUGGGAUGCGGAGAAUGCCAUCCAGCAGAUGAACAGCCAGUGGCUGGGAGGCAGGCAGAUCAGAACCAACUGGGCCACCAGGAAGCCUCCUGCACCCAAAUCCAAUCUUGAGAGUCAGUCCAGUACAGGCAACACCAAACACCUAUCCUAUGAGGAGGUUCUGAACCAGUCCAGCCCCAGUAACUGCACUGUGUACUGUGGCGGGGUCACCUCUGGCCUCUCAGAUCAGCUGAUGAGGCAGACUUUCACUCUAUUCGGACAGAUCAUGGAGAUCAGGGUCUUCCCAGAUAAAGGCUACUCGUUUGUGAGGUUUGAUUCUCAUGAGAGUGCAGCCCACGCCAUCGUGUCUGUGAAUGGGACGUGCAUCGAGGGCCACACGGUGAAGUGCUACUGGGGUAAAGAAACCGCAGACAUGAGGGCUAUGCAGCAGAUGGCCAUGCCCCAGCAGAGUAACCCGGCCUACGCGGCUCAGCCAUACGGACAGUGGGGUCAGUCUUACGGUAACGGGCAGCAGAUGGGUCAGUACGUCCCUAACGGCUGGCAGAUGCCGACGUACGGAGUGUAUGGCCAGGCCUGGAACCAGCAGGGCUACAAGUAAGUACACCAGCACGGCGUCCGCCACCUCCUCCUCUUCCCCUUCCUCCUCCACAAGUACCCUGAUCAAGGAGGACAGAGCAACGCCAGUGGGACGAACCAUUCCAUCACGAUUGAGGGGGUGGCAACGGACUCCAACCCGAUGUACAGCAUAUUCGGAUCAUUAAACACCCCCCACCCACCCACUCACCCGGUUUUGGUUUUGUUUGGGAUUUUUCCCUUCAUCUUGUAGUUUGGACUGAUUUAAAAAAAAAAGUCAGUCUUUUUAAAAGUGUCUUUUUUUUUUUUCUUCUCCCCCUCCCUUUUGGUUUGUUUGAUUUUUGUAAUUAUUAGUCACUCUACCCUGUAGUUUGUUUCCCAGUUUUCAGUAGUUAAGAUUUUUUCCCUGUUUUUUUUUUUUCCCCUCUCCUCCAGUCGUUAAAAGAAGACAAAGUGUUCAGAAAUGUCACCCGUGUACCAUUUUUUGUGAACUUUUUCCCUCUUUUUUUUUUUUUUUUUUUUUAAUUCCUUUCCCUCCCCCCAUAUGGACACACUUCAGCUCGACAUGAUUGUUGAUUGAAUUUUUUUUCUUUUAUUCACAGUCUGGUAGUUUUGUAAAAAAUAUAUAUAAAUAAAAUAAAAUGGAGGCGGUUUCCUCAGUGGCCUUGACAUGCACUUGAAGUUCCCACAACUUCUUGUGAAAUAAUAUUGUUCUUAAUUUCUCCAGCUUUUAACAAAAUUCAUUAUUACACAACUACUUUUUUUUUCUUCUCUCCUUGAUUUUGUUUUUUCCUUUCUGCUAUUAUCAGCUUUUAUUAAAGAUGCCAUGUUGUGGUUAAUAUUUCAUUAUAAUGUACAAUGCUUAUGUUAAGCUCUGAUGUUUAAAUGUCCUUCUCUUGGGUUUUUUUUUUUUUGUUAAAUAUAUAUUAUUAAUUAUUGAGAAUCAUGUUUCCUUAAAAUGAAAAUUAAGUUUAGGUUAGGACACCAGAGUGUUGUACUUUGUGUGUGUGAAGAUAUUUUUGUAAUUCUGUGUUAUUACAUUUAACGCUUGUAAAUUGGGAUUUGUUUACCAUCUUGUAAAUUGUUCGAGUGAGCUCAAGCCGCUCCGUUCCUGAUGUAUGGAGUUUAGAUUUUAGACAUGCUCCACGCCCCCAAAUUCCUUUCCAUUUUUUCACGAGCAAACAUGUCACUGUGUUGAUUUUACAAGCCAAAGACGAGGAUCGCCAUCAGAUUUCCCGAACACUCUAUCAGCUGAACCACUGUAGGUAUAUCGAGUGUGUUUGGAGAACAAACAGGAAGUCCACUUCUCCUGCUUUUCCACUUCCUGCCACAGAGCCGACCUGGUAGAUGGUCAUAUCAGAGGUGUGUGCGUUUAAUUUCUCUCUCCCCCCCCCCCCCCCAUCACAUCUCCUGAGUGUUUUUUUUUCUCUUCCUUUGUCCUAUUUAGUCAUCACUGUCCUUUAAAGAGAAGAGCUUAAGCGAUUAAAUCUGUUCAUUUUUUUUUUCUUCCAGUGGUUUAUUUUGAAUCUCCACUUGUUCUGCUUAAUGAAUCAAAUGUUCUGCUUUCUAGAAAUUGAAACUGUAUUUUGUAAAAAGCUGAAGAAAAAUGUACUGUUCAUCUUGGUUUUCUUUUUUUUUUUUUUUUCCUUUUCACUCAUUCCGGUUUUCUCCUCAACUUCUUUUGGAGGGACAUUUAAUUUUGUGUAAAUAACUUGAUAUCCAUUAAUAUGAUAACCAUUAAAAGGCUGUUCCAGUAUUCUGAGACUCUGAAGUAAAAAAAAAAAAAAAAGGCUGUUUGUGUCUUUUUUUUUUUUUUCUUUAUCGUGUUUUCUGAACUGCAAUUUUUUUUUUUUUUAAAGAAUUUCCCUGAGGGUACAGACACGCAAAAAAUAAAACGAAUGAAUAAAUGGAGUUUAAUUGGA